AUGUCCACCUCACUUUCCCCACCAAUUCUAGCGACCUCUUUGCUUCCAGAGGCAUCUCGCGAUCACCAGUCAUCCCAAACAUUAUUAUCCCUUCCCGGCCGCAACAGUGUUAUAUUGCCUGGCCUUACUCUCACGCCGACGCCUAAUUACGGUCUCGCAUUCCCUCAGGCCAAAGGAUGUACGACGACAUUGACAGAAAACAUUGUGAGCCCAUGUUCUUGGGACGAGACUCAAACAGUCUACCCUUCUACGACAACACUUUACAAGCGGGUUGACUGUCACGGAUGUGAUAAUAUUUACGUCAAAAAAGACAUUUAUUUCUGCCCGAACCAAAGGAUAAACCACUCGGAGCGGGUGGCUGCGCCGAGCACGUACUGGAGCACGCUAUGCGGCCUGUCGACGGCCGCAGAUGAGCUAGUUGAGAGGGGCUCGCCUAUGUCCGUGACAGCUGGCGGUCCUCAAGUUUCUGGGAUGUCAAACCCUGGCCCUUCUCCCAUCAUCACAACGCUCCCAACAUCUACAACAGCACCCGAUCUCAAUCCGAGGGAGGCGGAUCGCCGGAGCCCGCAGGUUGACCAGGCAGUCGCGGCAUGCCCGACGACAUACGUGGUGCAGCCGCAGCAGUCGGCAGGGAAGACUCUGACGAGAUAUUCAAGAUACACGACAACUACAUUGUUCUUGAACUGCGGUGGCUGUCCCCUGGUUAUCAGCACAGCACUUGCUGGUUACGGGCCCCCAGGCAUUUUUACGAAGACGACUACACUUCCCGUUGGCACACAGACUGCCUAUGCGUGCCUGUGA